AUGUCGAGCCUUUCCUCUGCAGUCUAUCCUAUGACGGAUAUCUCAAUGGCCAUUCCCCUCACCCAAACCAACCCCAAUCCUGUAUACGAAGAUCAAGCUGAGAAAGAGCGCCUUAAGAGCCAACCGGUGGGGCCGGAAUUCAUUCCUCCUCCCAAUUUCGGAGAGGUUGUCAGGGGUGUAUAUCGCAGUGGUUUUCCAAGCGUUUGGCAUCUUCCCUCGCUAAAAACGUUGAAUCUGCGAUCGGUUCUCACCCUGGUGGAAGAACCCUACACGAUCCCCAACUACACAAAUAUCCUCAGAGACAAUGGGAUCAAUCAUUUCUGUAUAAAGGUCCUCCCAAACAAGGACCCUGCCAUCAAAACUUCACAACAGACCAUGAACGAGAUCCUCGAAAUCAUUCUCAACAAGGCCAACCACCCCAUCUUGGUCCACUGCAACAAGGGAAAACAUCGUACGGGAUGUGUGAUCGCUUGUUUCCGGAAGCUCCAAGGCUGGAAGCACGACGAUGUCAUCAACGAGUAUCUCAAGUACGCGUGCCCAAAGUCGCGAGUCUUGGAUCUGGAGUAUAUCGAUGCGUUUGACGCUUCCAAACUUGCUCAUCGAGCCCUUGCUGUGAACGCAGCUUCAUGGCAACCGUCAGGGAAGUACGAGGACCUGGAGCCGAAGGAUGCGGACUUGGUAGCCUAUGAAAACUUCCACGCAUCCGUCUAG